AUGUUCAGAUCCCUUGCGAGAAUACCUUUAAGGGGCUUGCGCCAAUCGGCAAUUAGGUUUGCUUCGCUGUAUAUACCACCAAGAUCGCCAAUACUAUCAUCACUACCACCACUCUCAUUUUCAUCCUCAAAACUGACAUCUAUUUUGCAGACGACAAACUUGGUACCAAAUGGCAAUGAAGUCACAUUGAAGUUACCCAGCAUAAAUCCCCCCUCGUCAUCAUCUAAGCUUCCUAACAAAGAGUUACGCAUUUCCGUCGAGGUUGAAAUAGUAGGUGAUGAAAUUAAGUUUGAAAUUGUUGAUGCGGGAAACAAUACGGACAACAUUAUGCAUGCUGAUUCAGUGUUACGUAAAAGAAGAUUGAAGAUGAAGAAGCACAAGUAUAAGAAGAGAAGAAAGGCCCAACGUGCAUUGAGGAAGAGAUUAGGUAAAUAA